GCCACGGGCACCGGCAAGACGCUCGUCAUGUUGCGCAUCCUCGACAACUUCUUCGACGACCCGCGGCCCAAGGUGGCCAUCUUCCCGAAGGACAGGGUGUGCGACAACUUCUACCAGGAGAGCUACUCAAGUGGCCCACCCGCUGGCGCCACUUCUUCGCCUUCUCGCGCCCGGAGGAUGCGGCGCUGGCCAGCGGCGCCAAGGACUGGAGGCGAAAGAGGAGCGACGUGUGGGACAUGGGCAACGACCGCCUGCGCUUCGAGGCCAAAACGCGCGGCGUGCGCCUGGAGAAGGUCAUACGCGAGCUGAUCGACUCCAUGCGGGAGGUGCUCGAGAUGAAGAACGCCAUCCACAGGGGCAAGGUGAAGGCGAGGUUCGCGCAGCGGUUCCUGGAGGAGCACCCUGGCGCGCCCGUGCCGCGCGCGCCGUUGCGCGCCUUCCGCUACACCACCGCGGGCGGGUGCGCCUGUCAGCUGUCGGAGGCCGACGGCUGGCCGCGGAGCCCGAUCCUGAAGGUGGGCUUCGAUCCAUCGGAGAUGAACCCGUACUCCAACAAGCUGGUGAUCAUGGACGAGGCUCACAACCUGGCGCGGCCCACGAUGAAGUACCAGCUGCAGCUGGACUGCCUGGCCGGCCACCUGGCGCUCGCGAAGGGCACGGUGCUCGCCGGCUUCACUGGCACGCCGGUGGGGAACGACGCCGCGGAGGGCCGGGAGCUGCUCGACGUCAUCAAGGGGAAGGCCGCCAAGCAGCUGUCGGACGAGGGCUUCGUCUCCUCGUUCCACGCCCGCGCCAGUGCGGAACGACUUCCCUCGCGAGGAACCGGUGAAAGGGAUCCCCGACGGCAUCAUCCACGAAGGCAUGUACGAGCAGCUGCUGAAGCAGCACUCGUUGCACGGGGAGGCCCUGAAGCGCUACAUCCUCAAGGAGGCGGAGUUCCAGAUUACGCCGCGGCUGCUGCGGCUCCCCCAGGAGAAAGCGGGUGGCGAGGCGGCGAACUACUGUACCCUCACACCCACUACGGCGCCUUCCACACCAGCAACCGCCGCGCCGCGCCCUCGGGGGCACGCGCCGAAGAUGCACGCCGUGGUCAAGUCCAUCAUCAAGAGGCCCGAGAAAACCGUCGUCAUGCUUGCGCGAGAGAUGGGCUUCAGAGCGAUGCUGGAGGUUCUCCAGAAGGCCGGCAAGGCCAACGGCUUCAAG